AUGGUCGCCUUUGUCGCCCUCUGGUGGCUCAUUGCGUUAUCUCUCUUCUCACAGUCUUUUUGGCGGGUUCCAGAAGACACCAGCUUGUCGGGGUGUGCGGAAAACUGGCACGUGUGGAAGCCCGACUGUGGAGUCAACGCCACGGGCUGUCUACCGCCGUUCGAGCCGCUGCCAGACGGGACGAGAAGAGAAAUGCGUCUCAAGUGCCCCGUGGGAUGCGUCAGGGGCUCCUGGAAAUGGGGAGAAACCCUGGUGGGCAUGCAAUCGGUGCAAUACCGCCCCUACGUGAUCGGAGGCGGCCUCGAAAAAGAAACCGACGUGCAGGAAGACGAGCAGGAGGACUACGAAGAGAGCGAUCUGCACGUGGGCGGAUUCUUCAAACGACAGACGAAGGAGGAGGAAGCUACCAACAGAUACUACCGGGCCGACUCAAGCCCCUGCGCAGCGGCUCUGCAUGCGGGACUCGUAUCACCAUACACGGGGGGAACGUUUCGACUUCGUUUCGAGGGCCCUAGAGACUCUUUCAUGGGCUCGAAGGGGGCCUACACCAUUGACAGUAUAGACUUUGAUGCGCCGUUCCCCGCUUCCUUCUCCGUGCACGAGGAUCACGUGAGCGGAGGUAAAGACAACCGCAUUUCCAUUGUGGCCUUUUGUGUGAUCAUGUCCUUCAUUUUCGGCUACUUUUGUGUCAAUGUCGCUGGCUUCUACUGGGUGCAGUUCCUUGUAUCCUUCUGGGUUCUGGUCAUGGUUGCCGACCCCAUUGUCGACUUUUCUCGAGGGGCAGGCCCCACCAGCCUCGCAGUCCGCGAGUUCUGGCUGAGUAUGGCUGUGGAGCGACUUCUGCCUGCUGUGCUCGGAGGAUACAUUAUUUAUAGAGCUGCCGUCAAGAACAUGAUUGGAACCGACGAGAACCCCGCUCGAACUCCAGGAGGAGACGAUGGCUACGCUAACGUGGAGUCUGUUAGCUCCGGUCAUGUUGAUGGAGGAGACGAAGACGAAGUCGACGAGAAUGACGACUCGGAUCUGGAGAAUGGUGACUCGUUGUUCAAGACCUUCGAGAAAGUGCCCCGAUCGCUGGGAACACCCUCCCUCUCACGAUUGCUGCUCUGGAACUCUGGAUUGUGGUGUGGAGUGCUUGAGAACUACACCUUCGCCAAUCUUCCCGUGGAUAGACUGAUGGUGAGCGAUCUAAACGCACGGCCCGAGGGCUGGAUUGUGGUCAUUGUGUUUGUGAUCAUCAUUAUAGCUGCUAUCGCCUCGCAAACCUACCUCAUUUGGCGAGCUGGGCUAUUCCAGCGCUAUAUUGUGGUCUACAUCUCUCUAGUGCUUCUGUUGGUGGGGUUGGGUCUGGUAGGCGCCCUGAACAACUUGGAGCUGCGGAUCCACCAUUACAUCAUCGGCUUGGUACUGGUUACGGGAGCAUCUACAUACACCCAUCUCGGUUUGCUCUACCAGGGCCUCUUGGUAGGUCUAUACGUGAACGGAGUGGGUCGCUGGGGCUUUGAUUCGACCCUAGAAUCCCCCUCGGCGCUAGCUCGGGGCUCAGUAGUCAACCAGGACAUUGAACUAAUGCUGGUGGAUAGUGAGCUGACUUGGGGCCCCCCACCUGGGCCUGGAAUCUACACGCCUUCGCUGAUGGUAGAUGACGUCGUGGUGCUUUCGGCCUCAGGCAUGGACGAAGGAGUGGACGUUGAUUACAUUCAAUCGGUAGUGGGCCGACGUCCGACGUUUAUCCGAGCCGGCUACGUCGAUGGAGGAUACUCUCUGCCGCUGGUCUUGUAA